AUGCCGUGCACCAUUAACCAGGAGCCUGACCCAGAGGCGGGCCGUUACCGCUGGUUGAUUCAAGCCGUGGACCCGUGUAAGUGCACGGAGAUCGGAAUGGGUGGCUUCAGCACCUUCGUACCGUACAGACCCUACGAGGUGACGUACUAUGACACCUUUCUGAUAAGCAGCGAUCCUGUGGAGAUACAGCAAUGGCUGAACUGCCCUGCUUGCUCCAUCGAAGAGCCGCUUGGGAUGGAGGAUAGACGCAUCCCUGAUGAUCGCAUAACAGCCUCGUCUGUGUAUCAUGGGGAACAAGCUACUCACGGAGCAGCUAGGGCGCGGCUUAAUACUGAAGGAUACGCUGAAGCCUGGUGUAAUGACAACUCUGAUGACAGUCCAUGGAUACAGGUUGACUUCGUUGGCUCAGUCACCGUCACUGGCUUGAUCACCCAGAGACGCGGAGAUUACGACCAAUGGGUCACGGAGUACCAAUUGACGUACAGCGAUGACGGUCAGUCCUGGUAUAACGUGACCGGUGCUGAUGGCAUACCAAUGAAGUUCCCCGGUAACAAGGGCUCUAACAGCCUGGUAACCACUCAUUUUCCGUUUGCCUUGUGCACCAGAAUCCUGCGCAUUCACCCCACGGAAUGGAACGUACAUUGCAGCAUGAGGUUUGAAGUGAUUGGCUGCUAUUAG